AUGUUCGAGCAGUGAGUUCAUAUCUAUGCUUCCAUUUGCUGAUUGUUCUAGUACAGGUUCCGUGCGGCCGCAGCGGACAAGAAAACAAGAGCCUGGUUGACUGCUUUCAACGGGGCGAGCCGAGUUACGUGGAUACACGACUUGGAGUUCAGCCGCAUCAACCAAGAUGGAGACGAAUCCAUGAAGACGUUCACUUUUCGUGUGCGCGACCCCUUUUCAAAUGAUAAAAUCGAAUUUUAUUGGGAGCAGGAUGGGGAAGGAUUGAUUGGUCCAGGACCUAACUAUUUUGUGGAGCUCGGUAACAAUUUACUGUUCGAGAUGUAAGUUGAAGCUUUAUGUUUCUCAAAUAUUAAACAUGUAACUUUUUUUGUCAGGGAAGAUCACGAUGGCACCAUCUACCACUACAGUUACAAUGCUUCGAUGAUGAAGGAAGUGCUGAUGAUGGCCAUCGAACUCUUUCCGGGAAGAAUCGGAACGCUUAAACUGCACAAGGAUUGCGCCUCAUUCCUGAACGACUACUUUUUCCACCCAAACAUGCGUAGGAAUUGCGAAUUGAUGGAGAUCGAGGAUCCAUCAGAUGAACGUCAAGUAAAAAACUUGACGUCCUUCUUCAGAUACGAACCGGAUCCAAGGAACUUUCCUGUGAGUGAAUGGAACCCAGUUAUUCUCAUUGAUAAUUUUCUCAGCCAACCGUCAACCCACUUCCACAAACAAGAGGAUUGGUGGCGUUCCGCGAUCAGUGAGUAAUUUGAGCAUUACUCAAAACCAGCUAAUGUUUCCAGAAUCGCACUGAACCCCGGAUACCCUGUUGCUCUACUCCAAGGGAUUAAUGAUGGACUCUCGCAUUUCCUCGAAACCAGAACUCUCACAGAACAGUAAGUUACAAAGGUUAGAGAGAAAAGUUACGCGGAAUUCCGCUUUCCUCCAAAAUUCUUUAUUCCACCUUCCGUCUCUUCAAAGUAGUCAAUCCGAACUCUGUUUAGGAUUUGAGAAAAAAACAAACCGUUUCCAUUACAGGUUUGCCCUUGCCUCGUGCUUUCCAAGGGCAAAAGACGCAAUUGCUCAGUUCAACUUGGCGCAGCGGAAACAUUUGGCCCACCGAAUCAUUUUUAAUGUGGUUAGUGGGGCUCAUCAAGGAAUCACGGAGAACAAACUGUUGACGUUUGUCGUCAAGGACUUAGAAAACCCCCAGGAUUCCAUCACUUGGAAGUUUUACCAAAAUGACAUGAUAAUGUCAGAAUCGUGGUGCCUCGGCGAUCAGGAGCUUCGUGGAGUGUGAGUUAGUCAAGUUAAAAUCUGAAUUAAUAGGAUUGUUCAGACAUCGCAACGGAAACGUCUUCCGACACGGCGACUACAACGUGUCCAUGAUUCGAGACGUGUUGAAGUUCUGUGCCGACAUCUUUCCGGGACGAAUCCAAAAGCUGGUUCUGUACAAUGACAGCUGCAAAUGGUUGAAGAGCUACUUCUGUCAUCCAAAUGUGGCCCGGGAAUGCGAGCAUAUGGAGAUUGUCAACCCGACCGAUAGGAGAACGGCGGAGUGGGUCAUGGACGUAUUCGAUCCGGACAUAUUUAAACUGAAAAGCGAAUACAACAGAAUUAAUGUCGUAGACGUAAGACUAGAAAACAUUGAUGCAAACAAAUUUCGACAAAUUUCAGAUGCUACACACCCGAAGCUGCGAAAUAAACGGAACGGAUUGGAUUUCCGGAUGGUACCUUUUGCGGUGUCGCUCUGAAAAGCUUUUCCUCGUCGGAGAUCAAUUCGAAAACGAGGAUCUGAAAACAUUCAUAACACGUUGGAAGGAUGAGAAGAACACGGAACUGAAAUGGGUCGGCGUUUGUACUGAUCGGAUCGACGCUGAGGAAAUCAGCAAAGAUCUGGAGUUCGAGGAACAAGACUGCGAAAGAGAAUAUUUGUUUGUUUAAAGGUAGAUUGACCACAAAACGUUAGAAUUCUCAGAUUGGGUGAAGAAGUCGAAGCAGCUGGUGUUGACCGGAUUUCGUUUGAGCGUUCAUGGGAUUUCACCCGAGACGACGGAGUCCAUGCAAGCAUUGUCGAAGAUUUCAACUGUUUCUGGUUUCUGGUUUGGCCCGAUUUGACGAAUGAAGAAAACGGCGAGGCGUUGGUCAGAGAAGUUGCUCUCGUUGCGCAGAAUGAAGACGAAAUGGGUUCUGACGAAGAAGAGAACGAAUGCGAAACGGAAAGCGAAAAUUGA